AUGGAGCAAAAAUUCAUUUUCAUGAAUGGACUUUCGAAUGAUGAGGAGUCCAAGAAGCUCAUGCGUCGCCAUGUGAUGAAGGGCAAGAAUGCUGGGAAGAAGCUUCACCGUCGCUCAAGGCUGGAAUUACAGGUCACUCGGAGUCGACCAAACGUCGCGACUGAUUCUUUACACAUCUGCCGCGACCUCAGAGAGGAGUAUCAUUAUGCAGAUUGGAGAUAUGUAUCUCCCGACAGGCUUUCAAUCGAUUUCGGGAAUGCAUUCUUGACUUUCUCCCUCCCUGUGGAAGUCACGCCAUACUCGCUAGAAGUCAUCAACGAAUACUUUAUUUAUACUUCCGACAGAAUAUAUCCGAUCAAGCUUGGUGUGUCAUUACACGAUGCCAAAUUCUUGUGGCUGAAGGUUCUAUUCGAGAGCGAGGCCACAUAUCAUUGCAGUCUUGCGUUGAUGCAGGCGAGCAAUGAAAUUUUUCAUUGCAAUGGCCAAAGCUCACCCAAAGCGCUGUAUCAUCUAUCUCAGACCUUCUCCCAAGUCAAGAAGAGGCUGGAAGGCGAGAACGCGUUGUCAGAUUCUACGAUAGCGAUUGUGAUGUCGCUCAUCAAUCAAGAGCAAAUCAGACAGCAACACGCCGCUGCUGCAGUCCAUGUCAAGGGACUCGAAAAGAUGAUUGAGCUCCGGGGGGACUCGGUCAACUUGAAGGGAAUGCUCCGCUCGUAUUGA